CAGCUGACAGUGGCAGCAGAGGUCAGCACCCAGCUGACAGUGACAGCAGUGGUCAACACCCAGCUGACAGUGACAGCAGUGGUUAGCACCCAGCUAACAGUGACAGCAGUUGGUCAGCACCCAGCUGACAGUGGCAGCAGUGGUCAGCACCCAGCUGACAGUGACAACAGUGGUCAGCACCCAGCCGACAGUGACAACAGUUGGUCAGCACCCAGCUGACAGUGACAACAGUUGGUCAGCACCCAGCUGACAGUGACAGCAGUUGGUCAGCACCCAGCUGACAGUGACAACAGUGGUCAGCACCCAGCUGAUAGUGACAACAGUUGGUCAGCACCCAGCUGACAGUGACAGCAGUUGGUCAGCACUGCAGUGCAGUGACAGCAGUUGGUCAGCACCCAGCUGACAGUGACAGCAGUGGUCAGCACCCAGCUGACAGUGACAACAGUUGGUCAGCAUGGCGUGUGGCAGGUUUAUGUCAGCUGAAAAAGAUGCUAUUGGAUGAAGUAACUAAGCGACGAUUAAUGAGGAAGAGGUGAUAAACGAGGAGUUAAAUGAAGAUGAAGACACUAAUUGUUGCUUAGAAGUAGAGAGGGUGUAGAAAGAGGAGCGAGCAAGAGGAGACAACCACCUCCUUCAGCAGUGAUGAUGAUGGCGUCUCCUCCAACACUUAAGUGGUGGCCUCCAACACUGCAACAGCAGCAGCCUUCCCCGCCACCCGUCUCCCUCACACUGGUGUUCUUGUUGUGCCUCUCGCAUCAGGUGACGUCACUUCAGAGCCUUGACCUCCUGACAUCACCCAGCCUCGUCGUCACCCCUACACGACUCGCUGGGGAUGCUGUCCACCACUCCUUCCUGACGGAGAGGGAGGACACCACGCCGUCAGUGUCCCUGCUGACGGAGAGACACACCACGCCGACAGUAUCCCUGUUGACAGAGAGGGAGGACACCACGCCGACAGUGUCCCUGCUGACGGAGGGACACACCACACCAGCUGUGUAUUUACUAACGAAGGGGAGCGCCUCCACGCGAGAUCUCUCGGUACUGACGGAACCCAGGAACGAUUCGCACGACAAUUCCACGCCGCGAAAUGCCAAUGAAGUGAUGACAUCGUCACGGGAAGAUCAGAGAAACAACUCCACCCCUGAGGGCCAGGCCAGGCUGCUGCAGGAGCUGGCAACGACAGAGGAAGAGGAGAAGAAGGAGGAGGAGCUGUAUUUAGAAGAGAGGAUGCGGGAAACGGGAGGAGAAACCUACCACCACAACGACACCUCAUCAGGUAUGACUGUAGAUUUGUAUUUUCCAUUGUAAACAAAUACAGAACGC